AUGGCGGACCAAGCAUCGAACGAUACGCCGCUCGAAGGCACACCGGCGGCCGACGUCGAAAUGGGCGGCAGCGGAGAGUACGCGGAGGACAACACUGCCACAAACAACCCCGACCAACAGGCCGGCAAUGAAGGCGACGACAACGACGAAGGCGUCGAGAUGGCAGAAAUUGAGCCCGAGACUCCCAAGGUGGUCAAGUUCUUAGACUACUUGAAAUCGCCCAUCAUUGAACUUGUCGUCGGUAGAGGCGAUAACCAAACAUUGCUCACGGUGCACCAAGCGCUGCUCACCAAGUCGCCUUUCUUCGAGGAGCAAUGCGCCCGGUUCACCGACGGUGACACCCACCGCCGCAUUGAGCUCGCCGACGAGGACCUAGACGCCAUGGGCUCGCUCCUCGAAUACCUCUACCACAACGAAUACUUCCCGAAGCGCCUCAGCGCCGACAGGGACUCGAAGCUGGAGCCGGACCCGACCGUGUCCGGGCCGGACGUCGAGGGCGUGCAACUGCUCAAGCACGCGCGCAUCUACACGCUGGCCGAGAAGUUCGGCCUGCCCGACCUGCAGUCGCUCGCGCACAGCAAGAUCCACCGCACCGAGAGCACGCCCAAGGGCGAGAUCGUCUACGCCCGCUACGUCUACGCCAACACCAGCCCCGAAGACCGCACCAUCCGCCGCCCCGUCGCCGCCUUCUGGGCCCACCGCAGCCACGUCCUGCGCCACCACGCCGAGAACGAGUUCCGCGCCAUGUGCCUCGACUUCCCCCAGUUCGGCUUCGACGUCCUCAGCAUGGUCCUCGACGCAAAGGAGAAGCGCAGCGGCGGCGGCAGCAGCGGCGAGCCUGUUGUUGGCGUUAGUGCCAGCAGCGCGAGCGCGGAACCCCCGCGGUCCGCGAGGAAGAGGGCGAGGGUUAGUUAUGGCUAA